AUGAGAGUUACUUCUCAUGGGUUCACCGGAUCCUCAGAUGUAAAUCAGGUUUGUGCCAUUAUAUCAUGUCAGAAUGAUGGAAAGUUCUUGCAGAGAGCUUAUCAAAGAUUAGAAGGAGCAGAAAACAAUGCGCAUUGCUUCCGUCAUUAUUCACGAACACGACAGAUGUCGCCUAUAAAUACAUUAACAGUUAGUAAUGCAGCUGCCUCAGAUCGUAGGCACACAUGGGUUCAAACCCAUCCACGGUCAAAAUCAUCAGUUCGAGAAGAUAAUUGUGCUGAAAGCUUUGAAGUAAGGUUCGGAAUCAAGGAUUUUACUAUUGUGUUGGAAGAUUUAAUGAAAUCCAGGGCAAUCAAAGAAAGGCGAAAAUUCAAAUUUGUCGAGCAAAGCGAUUACGGGCAACAUUUGAAAUCAGCAAUAAUUAGUGGAUCGGAUUUAGAUCAGAAUCAUGGAUUCAUUGUUGAUGAGAAUGAUUGCAAUAAAACUGUCCUUAAAGCGGUGCAAGAAUGUUUGCCCAUGAAGGGACCUUCGCCGUUAAGCAUUACGCGAGGUGAACAAACACUUAUGAAAUCCACGCAAACAGUACAGAAAAGGCGACAAAAAAGGUCACCAUUACAACUUUGCAGAGAGAGGGAAGCACCGCUAUAUCAUCUCAUUUCUUGGAAGCAUGGGCAGAAUUGUUUAUCAUCGCCGGAUAUAUUUAAAAAGGAUUUUUUGAACGUGAAAUCCAAAGUCACUUCUACCAACGAGUUGGAUCCUCACAAUUUGAAUUCCGCACUGCCAUCCGAAGAAUGCUCGUCAUUAUCGGUAACGUCUCGUGCAGUACAGGAACAAAGUUCUGAUGAUGAACAGGAACCAAUGAUAGAUGUUGGCAUGGAUGAGAAUGGAAUGUAUGAAGUGGAACGUAUCCUUGCUAGGAAAAAAUUGCAGAAUGGCACGUGGCUUUAUUACAUCAAGUGGGCUGGAUGGCCUUACAAGCGAAGUUCGUGGCAAGCUCGAAAUACCUUUGGGAAUAUGUCCGAGGCGAUACAGGAAUUUUAUGCUCGGGAAAGGGCGCUUUCAGUUGUAGUACGUCGUGAACAACAAUGGUCACAAUUGAAGGAAAUAUCACAAUUACACAGUCUCAUCCGGUGGGAAAAUGAAAUUAAUACUAUCUUGCAAGCAAAGGGACAACAAAUCUUGUAUAUUCAUAACGACGUCGAUUAUGCGAGACGCAGACGUAAUUUCACGUAUAUCACGGCAAACAAAUGGUCAGCUGAAGCAAAAGCAUGCAUGAAUAUGUCGAACUACACACCUAUAAGAUGCACCUGCCCAGCGGAGAAAUGUGGUGGUGGAAAAAACUGCUGCCCAAUGAUCGAGAAAUCGAAAUUUUUUUACACAAAACGUCGGCAAAUUCGUUCAUGCUUCUAUAAAUCAUCAGGUGAAUAUGUUAUUGUUGAAUGUUACGGUUGCCGAUGCUCCAGUGAUUGUCCAACAAAAGUAAUUCAGAAUGGACGUCGUUAUAAAGUGGCAAUAGUUCGUACGGAAACUCGCGGUUGGGGUGUUUUUACGUUGGAAGAUAUACCAUCAAAUGUAUUUGUUAUGGAAUAUAUUGGAGAAGUGCUAACCAUCACUGAGGGUGAUUCUCGUCGUGAUAGCACAUAUCAAUUUGAGUUGAAUGGUUACAGUGAAAUAAAGUAUCUGAUUGAUGCAAAAUACUAUGGAAAUGAAGCUGCUUUUGUCAAUCAUUCUUGUGAUCCGAAUUUAGUUGCUGUUCGUGUACGAGUUGAACGAUUCGACCAAUCAUUCCAUCGAAUUGGACUUUUUAGCAUGUGCCGGAUUUCACGAGGACAAGAGCUAACACUGAACUACUUCGGUGAGAAAUGGGGACCAGAAACGAUGUUAACGUCAGAGGAGGGAACUGUGGAGUGCUCUUGCGGUGCCUUGAACUGUAUGCGAUAUUGGCCAGAACUUGCUGGGAAUACUGUUGACAAUGGUCUCAGCGAUGAGGAUAACAAGGAAAAUAGUUCCUCUAAUUGGAGCAGUGAGUACGUUUAG